AAUUUCAGUUUUUUUCACACUUUACUUUUUCCUUCCGAAUACCAUAUCUUGUUCGGGAAAUUAACCCGCUAUUGUCCGUUUUUGUACAAUAAUUCUGUGCUCUCUGUUUUUUCUUACAUCCAUUUACGUUGGAAAAAAGACAAUCUGUCAAUCGAAUGUUUCUACCGCUAUCUCAUGUCGGACAACAAUGCCUGUGUAUUCCUUGAUCGACUGGACGUGUAUCAGGAAAUGGAUCAACCCCUUAGUCAUUAUUACAUCAAUUCCUCGCACAAUACCUAUCUUAUCGGGAGACAAUUUGGUGGCAAAUCUUCCGUGGAAAUCUAUCGACAGGUGUUAUUAGCUGGUUGCAGAUGUAUCGAACUAGAUUGCUGGGAUGGACGUGGGGAAGAUCAGGAGCCGAUUAUCACACAUGGAAAAGCGAUGUGUACCGACAUACUGUUUAAAGUGAGUAGUGUUACUCCUUUAUCACCAUCCAUUUAA